AGGACGCAAGGGAUCUUAUCCUUUUUAAUGGCCACUUCCAACGAUGAACGAUCCUUCCCUCUGAUCCUCUCAAAACCCCAGUUUUCAUGGCCAGAUUUCUCUCUUUGACCUCACAAUCACAUCCCCCUAAACCUUCUUUAAACCCUUUUAAUGGUAUAACAAACACUAUCUCUGAACAUUCCUCUUCCAGAAGAGCAUUUGCUUCAAUUUGCACUGUAUCAUCCUUAAUAGCGCUUGUUCAACCUCAAAUUCUCGUAGCUCAAACUACUUCAUCUUCUGCUACUAACACGAUUCUUUCAGGCCUUACCAGCACUAAAUCAUGGUUUCGAUUCUUCGGUAGUGGAUUCGCCAUCAGGAUCCCGCCUGAUUUUGAGGAUAUUAUGGAGCCAGAGGACUAUAAUGCUGGUUUAUCUCUAUAUGGAGAUAAAGCUAAACCAAAGACAUUUGCAGCACGGUUUGCUACACCUGAUGGAUCCGAAGUUUUAAGUGUUGUCAUCCGCCCUUCUAAUCAACUAAAGAUCACAUUUUUAGAGGCCAAAGAUGUUUCUGAUUUUGGGACCUUGAAGGAAGCAAAAAAGAUUUUUGUUCCAGGUGGGACAAGUUUAUAUUCAGCACGUGCCAUAAAAAUAAAGGAAGAUGAAGGUUACAGGUCGUAUUAUUUCUAUGAAUUUGGGAACGAUGAUCAGCGUGUUGCAUUAGUAGCUGCAGUCAAUAGUGGAAAAACAAUUAUUGCUGCAGCAACUGCACCACAGUCAAAAUGGGUGGAUGAGGGCGUGAAGCUUCGUUCGGCUGCAGUUUCAUUAACGGUUUUAUGACAAAAUGAAGAUUUUGUUGAGGAUGUUUAUGAGAGUGUUGUAGAUUUUUCAAUCAAGAAUCUCAAAAGAUGUAUAGAGAUUAGUUUUUGAAAGGAUAGGAAGAAAACAAUCGUUAAUGCCUCAUUUUGGUUUAUAUUUUCUUGUAAUUUUAAAAGAAUUCAUUACUUUUGGCUUGAUAACCAAAUGAAGUUAUGUAAUUAUGUUUUUGGGGUGA